GCCCCAACGUUUCGCCAACGUGCAUCCAAACACCGGCAUGCUGUGGAGAACGCGAGUGCACCGCUGAACGCAACGUCCCCUGCAAGCUCCAUGCGCCCACCCCGGACCUGCACAACCGGCUAAGUCAGGUUAUCCUGGGGGGGGGGGGGGGGCGAGCCCGAUCACCUGGGUUAUCGCCAGACCCUGAAAAAAAACAGUAUCCUGGUUAUUGGCCUCAUCCACUUUGAACGAAGCCUCCUUCGCCAUCGCAAUCGCAUGCCUUGCCUACGCCAUUGCACUUCACCCAACACUUGUAGAAGGUGCCCAUGAAUACGCCCUCGGGCAUGUCGGGGGCCCCGCAACCGCUGGCAUGGAAGAACAGGCCGUGCUCGGCUCCCUCGUUGAGUCGGCCAGGCAACCUCAACGAUGGCAAAGUAAGGAGGUGCCGGGGCGUUCCCAUGCCCGGCGUCCCCAGCAUGCGUCAACGACGGGGCUGAUCAUGUUCAGUCUGGCCUGGCGCACGCUGGGUUCCUUCGCGCGAGAGAACCAUGUGCAAUGCGUAGAGAUCCUCGAUUAUCGCACCAGGAUCAACAUUGCUGGCCCCGAGAUCGAUCUGAAAUCUUCCCCGAUCAGGCAAGGCGCCGCGGCCAGCGCCGCGGCCUAUAGAUCGUGGCGCUGCUCGGGCCCGCAGUCGUUCAAAGACUGCUUCUUGGACAUCCACCACCGCGCCCCUGGCGCGAAGAGGAAUCUGGGAUGAGAACUCACUUCCAGCGACGCGGAGUAAAGACCAUGAUGGCCACGCUCGCAGAGGCCUGGUGACUUCGUGAAUAGAGAGGAAGAGGCUCCCCUAAGUCUGAGAGGCAUCAGUCGAUCGCACGGACGACUCUGCGAGGACACCACACACAAUCGAUGUACAUAGAUAGUGUACGGUGUCGCCCCAUGAUUUUGCACUCGCGAGAAGCCAGACGAUGACCAAUCGAAAACCCAUCAAACAAAUGAUCAGGACACCCGACAACGGAACAUCGCACUGUCAAGCAAGAUCGUUGCAGGUCUUCCACCUUAGAGCACGUUCAAGUGCAUCAAAGAGAUGAAACAGGAGGAGUCGAGGGACAGGAAGAGAUGAGAGGAAAAAGAAGAGUGGAUAAAUGGAGGAGAGGGAUAAUCAGACCGUAAGAGACACCAACAAGUGUCGACAAAAACCAGGCCCGCGGCCUAGAGGAGCAUGGCAGGGCAAAACCAUGAGCUCCAGCCGCAUCCUCACAAGGAGCGAACUACAUUGUCAUCCUCGUUCCUUCUCAUCGUCGCGCUACUCCAUUAAGUGCAAUAUACUAGCGCGGGUCGAACACUCACAAGUAUGCAACGGUUGCAGGGGCUGAUACAACGCAAAAUCGAACGCCGCAGAAAAGCCGUGCAUGCUGCCCCCACAGGAUGGUCACAGAUGUCAGCCGAUGCAGGGAGCAUGUGCUGAAAACAUGUAAUCCAGCAAAAGCAGCUGACAGCGCAAGGGGUUGCCAGGUGUUCGGAGAGGGGCUGCAAACGGAGCACGCUGAUCACAGACCGCGACUACACCACGAUAGCCAAGAGCGGCAGAGUACAUUACAAUGUUGCCUUGCAGAGGCGCCAAUCUGGCUGUCGACAUUCAACUCGAGAAGCACGCGGAGGCUCGUGGCUCCACCACGAAUCAAAAAAAUGGUCCGCCGACCCAGUCGGAGAUGAGAAAGCGUGUUCCCUUCCGCAUGAAAACGAGAAUGCCGUUUGAGAAGGUGCGGACAGGGAAAUCAUCAAGGCCCUCUGGAGCCUUCCAACGGGUUCCCAGAGUGCUCGCUAGGCCCUGGACAUAGUUCUGGAUGCGCCAGACUGUCAAGCAAGGACCACGAUGGCCUCCUGGAUGGCCUUCGUCAGGUCUCUGAAUCUAAAUCGUUGCAAGACUGCCCCAUGAAGAGCCGCCUCAAAACGGGAAUCGUCAAAGUCCGUUCGGUUAUUGAAAAUAUGAGGUCGUCUUCAUGUGUGACCUGAAGAUAGCUUCACGA